AUGAACGAAGAAAGGACCGAAACUCACAGAAAGCAGUUUCGCUUGCCAGAGCCAAACAAUGACGUUCUCUGGGCUGUCGAGGUGGAGGCUGCCGUUGUGGAACGGAUCCAAGCGCUGCAGGCACGCCAGCGUGAGCUGCUGGAGCAGAUUGACCAACUGGUGCAGACCAAAGUAGAGAAUCUGGAGAUGCAGCUGCGGCAAAUACAGAGCGGGAGCUGUCCACCUGCUCCGGCAGAAGAUCGCGAGGAUCCAGAUGCCCCGCCCAUGGAGGGGGUCUAUCUCCUCCGGGCAGACUCUGUGAUCCGCUUCAGGCUUGCGGAAACAGAUUUCGCCAGCAAGAUUCCAGAAUGGGGGGAAAUGGUUGACGGAUCGACCUAUGCCUCGAUGAGCUUCGCGAAGGGGCCCGGACUUGGCGUUCUCAAAGUGAACAUGCCAUCCUCUUUGUGGGUGUUUGCGUGCGACCGCGAGGGCACGCGCCGAAGCGAAGGAGGCGACAGGGUGGUGGCGAACUUCUCACAUCCGGAGGAGUUCCAGGACGUUAGCGUGGAAGACACGCAGGAUGGCAGGUACAAAGUGACCUUUCUGCCAUUGACGCCUGGGAGCUUCAGUCUCAAGAUCUCCAUCGGACCGGAAGGGUCGGAGGAGGAUUUGGCAGGGUGCCCCUUCAUCCUGGAAGUGAGGCCGCCGGCAGUGUACCACGCAAUAGGGGUGGAACCGGAGUCGGAGGGCAAACCGCAGCUCGGUGCAGGAAUGGCAACUCUGUCUUGGCGAGACGGACGCUUCUCAGACUGGACGGUGCAGGUCGGCGAGAAGACCUACCACUUGCACGCCUUCCUGCUGGCUCGUGCCUCGCUAUUCUUUGAAAGCCACAUGAGCAUGGCCUCCCGGGCCGAGUCCGAGAAGGCCAAGGGCAGCGACCUGAGCGAGGUGCUGCCCCAGUCGUGCCACGCAGCCUUUGAGGAUGCCCUCGAUUUCAUGUACUCGGAGAACCAAGCAGCCUUUGAGGCGCCUGCGUCAAAGGCGCUGCUCCUUCUCAAAAUUGCAGACAUCCUUGGCAUCAACAGUCUCUUCGACGCGAUGGGCCGGCGGAUCGAGGCUGCCUUUGCCGAUACGGCGCCUCUCCUCCUGGAGCAGUACUGCCGUUUUCACAUUCCCGGCACGGACGACGGCGCCGCUCUCCGCCAGAUCCGUGAUGGUGCAGUCGAUCUGAUCGUCAAAAAGUUUCAGCCUUUUGUGACGAACAGCGACAUGAAGACGGCUUUGUUGCGUCUUCCUGCACGAGUCCUGGCCGAGAUCUUGGAUGCUGACGAGCUUCUGGUUGAGAGCGAGGAUGCGGUCUAUGACUUUGUUUUGGAUCGUCUUCAGCUGGGGGAGUCCACGGACUUGGAGGGAGCAUCGUCCAGCCAUGGUCCUGAGUCCCGUUCCGAGCCUCUGGAGACAGGGAAGGCAAGCACUUCGCGCUUGGACUAUAUGGAUGAGAGUGACGAGGAGGCCCUCUGGGACGAAGUGCGGUGGGCCUAUCUCAGCUCCCGGAAGUUCGCCCAGGCCCUGGCGCUGCACAAGACCCUUUUGAAGCCACAGGUCACCCUUCGUGCGCUGACUGCUCGGGCUGCGCGCUUCGAUCUCGGAGGUGCAGAGGCUUUUGCCACUCUCGGCUACCAGGCUGUCGUGCCCAGGAAGCCGAUCUUGCCUCCCGGGGUGCCACCACCAAGCUCAACGGAAAUCGACUUCUGCUUUCACUACGCGCACUCUGAGCAGUACGCGUGCGGGCAGGCGCUUCGUUCGCAGCCAAAGCGUAUCGGCGACGUCGUCCUGCGGGUUCUUGUCUUCCCGGCCGGCACUGAUACCGGUGUCGCCAGGGGGUCCCUCUCGGUCUUCCUUGAGGCUGUGCCUCAACCACAUUGGCCUCGCGAUUGGGAGUUUGCCAACAUAAGGUAUGGCAUUGCUUGCAUGAAGUGGCCCUCAGGCAGUGGCGAGACCUGCCCCGCUCCAAAGAAGAAGAGCGACCUCUGGACCUUCAAGGCCAACCGACUUGAUCGCGGCUGGCAUGAUUUCCUUGCACCUGGAGAGAUUCAUCGGUUCCUGGGCCCGGAUGGCUUUGUUUGCAUCCGCGGCUCGCUGGAGCAGGAGUGCUUAGGUCGUGCAUUCCUGCUGAAUGCGCAAAGUGGACACAGUGGCUAUUCAGGUGCACCCGGUGAUGCUGCUGGAUCUUCCGCAUGUCGCCGACCGUGGGUGCCACGGGUCGCCAUGGCUGCCAACGAGCGGUCGGAAUGA